UGUCCACGAGCAAGUCGCCAAACGUCCAAAGCGCAAAUUUAUCAAGCGAAAAAUACGGGUCAGUGUGUGAGCAAACCAAACGACAACAGCAACAACGACAGCAACAGGUGAAACCCAAAGACAAUCAUGCGAAAAGCUUGCCUCAUAGCGUCGCUGGCGCUGCUGCUGUCAGUUGCCUCAGCUGAGGAGUGGGUUUGGCGCAGUUACAAUCGCCGGGAGCGCGCGCUUCGCAGCAAGGACAUUGACCGCAGCGGCUCCAUACGCAAUAGCCUGAGCUUGAACAACAAGCUAACACGUGAGCCCACCACGCGACGACCGCUGCCUGGCCAGCCGGAGAACGAUGAGAUUGAAGACUAUGCGGAUGCAGUGGAGGCGACACCGCCUGGCAACACCGCCAAUGUGGGCACGCGGCAAUAUAGUCCGUAUCCAGAUGGCAAUCAAUUUGGCGGCUUUGGUGCACAGCCCACAAAUGUUGGACAAUUCGGCGGUGGCUUUGGAGUUGGCAGUCCUGGCGUAUUGGUAGGACCAGGUGGGCCCACGGGCAUCAUAGGCCGACAGCCUUUGUAUCCACAGCCUUAUCAUCCAGGCUAUGGCGGCUUUGGCGCAACUGGACAGUCUGGUCUAGGACUUGGUGGCUAUCCGGGCGCUUUCGGUGGCGCAUAUGCUAAUCCCAACGGCAAUGCUAAUCCGGCAGGCAACUUUGCUGGCUUUCCAGGCGGCUUUCAAGCUGGUGGCCAGGCACAGUUUCCUGGCGGCCAAGCACAAUUUCCAGGCGGCUUUCAGGCUGGCGGCCAAGCACAAUUCCCAGGUGGCUUUCCAGCGGGCAACCAAGCACAAUUUCCAGGUGCAGGCGCACAAUUUCCAUUCCAAGGCACGGACUACAAUCAAUUUGGUGGAGCUGCCGGUCUUGGGCAAUAUCCAGGACAACAGUAUGGUGGACCACAGUAUACUGAAGGCUAUGGUCUAGCGUCGCUAGGACUCGGACCCACCGGCUAUGGCGGCAAUUAUGGCAAUGGCCAGUUUGGCUUCGAUGAGAAAACGGCGGAGGGCAAGAGCGCCAAGAGCAUUGAGAUCAAGCCGACGGCAGUAAAUGAUAAGCUCAACAAGAAGCUUUAGACUUAGACUAAGUGUUAGUAACUAGCUUUAGUUAGUUUGUAGUGUGAAUAAAAUUAGUUUUGACUUA